AUGGAGGAUGUCAAAGUUGAUGAGAGUGUUACACCAAGUACUCAAGUAACUGAAGAGGAACCUGUGGGGCUUGAGGAUGAUGCUGAGAAGAUAAUUAAGUUACUGACCCGAGGAAUAAGGGAACGGGAUAUUGUCUCUAUUUUUGGCAUGCCUGGUCUCGGAAAGACCACUUUGGCAAGAAAACUGUUGAGGGACAUCUAUAAGCAAGUGACGGGUGAUAAGUACAAUGGAGAUAAGGAGAAUGACAUAGCCGAUAUGUUGUGCAAGUGUUUAAUAGGCAAAAGAUAUCUCAUUAUCUUGGAUGAUGUAUGGGAAGUAAAGGCAUGGGAUGAGUUAAGAUUAUGUUUACCAAUCGGAUGUUGUAAAGGACUGCCUCUUACAGUUGUUUUGAUUGGUGGAAUUCUUGCAAAGAAAGAAAGGAUUGUCGCGGAGUGGUGUGAAGUUUCAAAAAAUUUGAAGUCUCAUCUUGGGGCAGUUGAAAGUGAGAGCAAUUUGGCAAUACAGUUAAGUUACAGCUACUUACCGGAUCAUUUGAGACACUGCCUUCUGACUAUGGGAGUAUUUAGGGAGGAUGAAAAAAUUGGAGCAUCUAAAUUGAUGUCACUCUGGAUGGCCGAAGGCAUCGUUCAAUGUAGUGAUGAGAGAGGAUUGGAGGAGGUAGCUGAAGGUUACUUGAUCGAUAUAAUUUCUAGUAGCCUACUAAUGGUUUCAAAGACGACUUUUGAUGGCAAGGUGAAGUACUUGCAAAUUCAUGAUCUAGUGCGUGAUUUUGUCUUAAACAAAGCUAAAGAAGAAAAGUUCAUGCAAGUUAUAGGGACACAUAACCAAUAUCAACCUUCAUAUGAUGAGGAACAUCGAGUAUGCAUUCACCUCGACCAUAAGCUUCGUCAUGAAUUGCAGAGAUUCAACAACAAAGUAGAUAGAUUCCUCACAAGCGGCUCCAAAAAAGGAACAUCUUUUGGACAAGAUCUUAAAUCGCUCUUUGUUACUAAUAACGUAGAUGAUUUUCUUGCUUAUAGAGAUUUUUGGAAUAAUGAAUCUAGUUUUCACGGUACUGUUCCUAAAGAGUAUUUAUCUCGUUCGUAUCAUUUCUCAUCAGUUGGAGACUUUAGACUUCUUAGAGUGUUGGAUUUCAGGAACUGCAUUCCAGGGGAUUAUACGAAUAUAGAAGAUAUACUGCAAUCACUAGUUUACCUGAGAUACCUCGGAAUGUGUUUCGAAAAGUUUUUUUCCGAGUGGGUAUCACACAUGUGCGACCUGGAAACUUUACUGGUGGAUACUGAGAGAAUAGUAGAUGCGACACCUCAUAUUUGGAAGAUGACGAAACUAAAGCAUGUAGACCUAUUAACAUUUUUACCUCGUGAGAUAUUUGCAGUUUCUGAAGAAGGUCCGUCUAAGAUGGAGAAUUUGAGGGCCUUUAAAGGCAUGUGUUUACUUCGUGAUGAUAUAGAGUUAAUUGAGAGGUUUCCCAAUCUUCAAAAGCUUCUCCUCAUGAUAGCUGAUAAUGAUAUCGAUGAAGCUAACUCUCUCGUUCUAAAAUUGGAUGUUCUUACACAGCUUCAAUCCCUCGUGCUUGGUUCGAUGUGUAAUAUCACCAAGUAUUAUUUACCUUCAAGUCUCAAAGAGCUGAUCCUCCGCUAA